UGUAUUGUGCCAAGGGAGGCUGGUUUGCACGUGUUUUGGUGCGGUGGUGGUGGCGGUGCUGGGUUCUUUGUUGGUUGCUUCUUUGUUUGGGAUGCGGGGUUGGUUGCGGUGGUGGUGUGAUGCUUGUGAGGCUGUGUGGUUGGGGUGCAUGCGGGUAUGUAUAUCUUUCUACCUUUCAGCCAGGCCUUGUGGUGUAGACUUUAAAACCGUUUGUUGUGGAGUUUGUCAAGAUUGUUUAUAUAUAAUAUGUGGUGAUAGCUCCGAGCCUGGUCGAUUUAAUCGUGUCCGCUUUCGGUGUGUAACGUCCGUCACCGCCAAGCGAGAUUCAUCGCCUAACGGGAUGAUAAUCCCUGUAUAGAGUAGAAACAGGGCUUAGUCAAGGUGUUCAUAAGUAUGUAUAUGCGUAGAGAUCUCCUCAUUUAUAUCGAAGAUGCAGAUAACUAGCUAGAGAAGGAGUGCUUUAUGGGACCGUUCGCAUACUUAGCUGUCUCGCUACGCGAUGGAUCUCGGGCGACGGUGGCGGACGU